UCCGAGGCUGACGCGCAAGAACAAACACAAGGUACGCACGUACGUGCCUCCAGGAAUACUUUUAAGCCUCGUGUGUGGGCCUUGUGAAGGUUUUGCUACACGGGAAAAUCGUACUGCUGGCGUCGGCCCAUCCACAAGCACUGGCGUGCUUAGGUGGUCAGGGAUUUUUUAUCCAACGUUACCGGCAAGGACAACAGGUACUUUUGCGUUGCAUUAUUUUCACUGUGAAUCGGAGCCCAACAAGCCCAAUCUUCUGUGCUGUUAGCGCGAGUCAGUUGGGAAGGUAUUGUGCGACUCGCAAAUCCAGGCUGUCUUCGAGAUCAUCCCUGGCUGUGGCUCCGGCUAAGAGGAAGUAGCCAACGUUGAUGACGUAGUGCUCCCACUGAUGCUUCACGUGUACCUGCGACUUGGCUACGAAAGAAACAUCGGGACAAAGAACCAUGGCGACCAGGACGGGCAACGGGGAUCCAGAAGCCGUAGUCACUUGGAAUCAAGGAGGACACAGACUCUUCCAAGAAGACAUGGGAUAUGACUGACAACGGAAGCGCCACUUACCCGCCUCUGCUGUCAACCAGCAGCACCAAUCACUCAAAGCCCAGCACAAGCCGUGCUGGCAUGGAUGAAUCGUAAGCCAUUUUGGACGAGGACACGAGCAGCUGCAGCAGCGCUACCAGUAGCAACGACGAGUCAAAGCCCAGUACAUGUAUGGCGGGCAUGGAGGAAGCAGUGGCCAUCUUGGAAGACGACGCGAGGAUCGUUGCCGGAACCGGGGAAAAGGAACGGCGAGAGUUCGGCAGUGACGUCUGCAGCGGCAAAGCCUACAGCAGACAGGAUGCCUCGCGCAAGAACGCCGUCCAGCAAACGGAAGAUAAAGCCCGCGUUACCGGAGCACGCGUUCAGCCCCCCGCGAAGAAGUCCAACUCCGCGGGACAGCGCCGAAAGCGCGCGCGCCACAAACGCUCCACAAAGUCGCGCGCCACCAACGCUCCACAAAGUCAUGUGGCACCAACGCUCCGCAAAGUCGCGUGCCACAAACGCUCCACAACGUCACGUGCCACCAACGCUCCGCAAAGUCACGUGACACCAACGCUCCACGAAGUCACGUGCCACGAACGCUCCGCAGAGUCACGUGCCGCAAACGCUCCACAAAGUCACGUGGCACCAACGCUCCGCAAAGUCGCGUGCCACAAACGCUCCACAACGUCACGUGCCACCAACGCUCCGCAAAGUCACGUGACACCAACGCUCCGCAGAGUCACGUGCCACGAACGCUCCGCAGAGUCACGUGCCGCAAACGCUCCGCAAGGUCACGUGCCACGAACGCUCCACAAAUGCGAGACGUGCCCAAAGUCGUUCGCGCGAGCCGCCAACCUUCGGGCGCACCAACGCGCCCACGCCGGCGAGAAACCGUACAAAUGCGACGCGUGCGGCAAGUCGUUCACGCAGAAGGCCAACCUCAGCGCGCACCACCGCACGCACACGGGCGAGAAACCGUACCUGUGCGAAGUGUGCGGCAAUUCCUUCCGGCAGAUGGCGACACUUAACGUGCACCGACGCACGCACACGGGCGAGAAACCGUACAGUUGCCAAGCGUGCGGUAAAUCCUUCACGCAGAGGGCGAAUCUGAACGCGCAUCGAUGCGCGCCCUUGAGCCGGACGUCGCACGCGGGCCAGGAUUUCGCCGAAUCGUUCGAAUGCGAGCGAGACCUCGGUGACUGGCUCGACCUGCCUACGGGCGCUGGAGCUUCCGCUCGCGAAAUGUGCAACGAAUCUUUUUCGGACACCCCAAGUCUCGGACUUGACCGUAGUAGCCACGCCGAGGAAAUGCCGUAUCAGUGCGAUUACUGCGAAGCGUUUUUCGCAGACAGGUCGGCCCUCGACAGACAUAUGUGCCAGAAAUUCGCGUGCGUAUUGUGCGGAGCGUUUUUUCCGGACACGGAUCAACUGAUCGCCCACCUCAAGGCGCACUGAAGUGUUCGGCGCUCGCAGCGUGACUGGCACACGGACUAAGCGAACUCGCUGCCAGACAAAGUCUAAUUAGUGAGCUGCAAGUGCUUUGUGUAAUGAGAGCGUCGAAACAAAUGUACGUCGAGGGUUCUUGAUUCCUCGUUCAGUGAUAUAAGUUUUCUCGGCAAGCGUUUUCCCAGUGUUCUAGUAAGGAACGUUUAUUACACUUUUCCACCCUGCAGUGUCAAUAAAAAAGAACGUUUGCUGCCAUAAAGUAUUUUUCUAAGGCAAGGGCGUGUUUUCUAGCAAAAUAGGUGUGAAGCUCCACCAAAUAUUGAGGUACUUGGGGGCAGGUUGCGUACGAGAGAAAGUACUUGGAGAUACUCUUGCGAUAAUAUUUAGCCACAGAGUAUGCAAAACAUUUCUUCUUUAUUGUAAUUUUGUUCGAUGUAUUGAGCUUUUUCUUUCUGAUUGCCGAGAUGCAUGUGAAGCAGUCUUUAGCUCGUUUACUGAUGCAGAAGGUUAUUUUUUUUCUGCGCCCCAAACUGGGAGCUGAUGACAUUGCAUGGUGAUACUGCAUUAGGUUCAAAUCAUUGUACUUUCACUGUACUGUCUGAUCUA